AUGCCGGAACACAGUCCAGCACCGACUCCGCAUAGAGCGGUGUACGGAUUUGCCUUCUACAUGUUGUUCACGGUUUUGUUCUUCAUUUAUGUAGCGUGGGCUUUUAUCCCCAUCGAAUUCGGCCUGCACUCGUAUCUGCCGGAUAAGUAUUUCGCUGUUUUUGUACCAUUUUUGGUGAUAGUGUUCGCUUGGUUCUUCGCCUUCCUCAUUUAUCCAGCCAUAAAUCUGUCGAUGACGGUCAAUGUGGAUGCAAUUUCCUCUGUGGUGGAUCCAAAAUUGGCCCUGCCAAAAGGAACUGCUUUCAGCUCCUGGGAUCAGCUAAAUAAUGGAAAAAACUCAUCAUCUAAACAAAAGGCACCUGACCCAGUUAACUGCAAUCUUUGCCAGACAACACAUCAGUCCAUAACGCGAGCUCCCAUCGCCCCACUUCGAUUCCUGGAUCUCCAGGAAGUAAAUACAGCAUAUUACAACUAAAAAAGUAA